CCAUUUUAUUACGGCGACCCAUAUAAUGACGCAACAGGUGACAUAUUGCGGCGACAAUUAUUUCGCCGCAAUAAAAUUGACCGCGAAAUGCAAUAUAAGGCGGUCUUGAUGUUAUUACCGCGACAUUUGUGCGACGCAAUAGUAUUUGCUUCAGCAUCACCUAUUGCGGCGGAUGUGUCGCCGUAAAACAGGGGAUUUAUUUAAACCCCUGUUUUCCUGAUGCUGAAGCCCGAUGCGUAUACAUGAUCUGCAGUUUUUUAAAACACCCUGACUUCCCUCAAGCCGCCGAUAACCUUGUCGCGCAUCAUCACCUCACCCAGCAGCACAGAUCAAACAAAUUGGGAAUUUGGGAUAUAAUUCCCUUAACUCCAGCUAGGAAUUUCGGUUUCCCUAAUCCUGCUGCCGCAACAAUAUUAAGAUGGACAAAAGUUGGAUGCACCUCACCGAUAGGUUUAGGUCAAGGGAAUAUGGCAUUGGGGUUAGGCAAUUCCUCACAAUGGCUCGAGCUCAUGCUCAAGGAAGUACAACAGUGAAGUGUCCAUGCCGUAGAUGUCGUAAUAAUUCCUUCUUGCCAAUCAGUGAGGUAGAGAGGCAUUUGUUUAUUACGGGUAUUGAUCCAAAUUAUACUAAUUGGAUUUUUCAUGGCGAGCAAGAACCGUUUAGUUUCUUGGCCGAGGAGGGAGAUGAUAUACCUGAUGGUGGUGACAAUAGUUAUAUUGAUGACAUCGACGAUAUGUUGGGUGACAUUCAUGCGGCAAACAAUGUAGGCGAAGAAGAUGACAUGGCUCCACACCCCGGGGAGCCCAAUACGGUUGAACCCGACCCGAGCACCUUUGAGAAGUUGUUGGAAGAUGCUCGCCGUCCACUUUAUGAUGGUUGCAACUCAUUUUCCAAAUUAUCAUUCAUUGUUAAGUUGCUCCAUAUCAAAACUAUUGGCGGUUGGAGUGUAAAGUCCUUUGACAUGUUGAUAAAACUAUUGAAAACAGCUUUUCCUGAUUCACUCUUGCCAGAAUCUUUUCAUGAGGCACGUGCAUUGGAGCGAGGGUUGGGAUUUAGAUACAUUAAAAUUCACGCUUGCCCAAACGAUUGCCUACUCUAUUGGAAGGAAAAUAGCAACUUGCAACAGUGCCCUAAGUGCAAAGCCUCUAGGUGGUUGUCGGCCACAUCUUCUAAACGACCAGUGCCCCAAAAGGUAGUGAGGUAUUUUCCACUGAAGCCAAGGCUGCAGAGACUAUUUAUGUCCAAGAAAACAGCUGUAUCCAUGAGGUGGCAUCAUGAAGAAAGGGUACAAGAUGAAAGCACUUUGCGCCAUCCGGCUGACUCGGAGGUGUGGACCACAUUUGAUGCCGAGCAUCGUUGGUUUGCUCAAGAUCCUCGAAAUGUGAGGCUCGGGCUUGCUACUGAUGGGUUCAACCCAUUCAAUAAUAUGAGCAAACCAUAUAGCAUAUGGCCAGUGAUUCUAGUUCCAUAUAAUUUGCCUCCAUGGCUAUGUAUGAAAGAUCCAUUCUUCAUGUUGUCUACACUAAUUCCUGGGCCGAAAUCACCGGGGAAUGAGAUUGAUGUUUACUUACGCCCUUUAGUUGAUGAACUACUAGAGUUGUGGGAAAAUGGGGUUGAUACGUAUGAUGCCAUGGUUGGCCAACGAUUUCGAUUACAUGCGGCUUUAUUGUGGACUAUCAAUGAUUUUCCUGCAUAUGGUAACAUUUCUGGUUGGAGCACUAAAGGGAAGUUGGCAUGCCCUUGUUGUAAUCUGCAUACAGAUUCUUUCUGGUUGACAAAUGGGCGAAAGCAUUGUUACAUGGGUCAUCGCCGCUUCCUUCCAACAGGGCACAUCUUCAGAACCAAGAAGAAUAUUUUCAAUGGAAAAGAAGAUCUACGCAUGCCACCUAUGCAGCUUUCAGGGGAAGAUAUAAUGCACCAAUUAAAUAGCAUUGGGCAUGUAGAUUUUGGCAAGGGUACUAAGCGGAGAAAGCGCACCCCUGAGGAGUUAAACUGGACAAAAAGGAGUCUCUUAUUUGAUCUACCCUAUUGGCCAGCUCUGAAACUUAGACACAAUCUCGAUGUUAUGCAUAUCGAGAAGAACAUAUUUGACAAUAUUUUGGGUACAUUGAUGAAUAUUCCAGGUAAAACAAAGGAUGGUAUCAAGGCUCGCAGAGACUUGGCCGAACUCGGUAUAAGGAAAGAAUUACAUUUGAAAGAAGUUGGUGAUCGAGUUAUUAUUCCUCAUGCACAGUUCAUGUUGCAUGGAGAUGAGAGGAAAGAUUUUUGUGCAUGGUUGAAAGGUGUAAAAUUCCCUGAUGGUUUUGCAUCUAACAUUUCAAGCUGUGUUAAUGUCCGCGAGUGUAAAAUAUCUGGUAUGAAAAGUCAUGAUGCCCACAUAUUUUUACAAAGGCUAUUGCCAGCAGCAAUUGCAGGGUACUUACCUCGUGAUAUAUGUAUGGCAUUGAAUGAACUUAGCACAUUUUUCAAGAUCUUGUGUGCACGGACAUGCAAAAAAGAAGCAGUUUUACAACUUGAGUCUAACAUUGCCCUCAUUCUUUGCAAGUUGGAAACAAUAUUUCCCCCAAACUUUUUUGACGUAAUGGUCCACCUGGCUGUCCAUUUACCCAGAGAGUUGUUGCUAGCAGGACCAGUUCAAUACCGUUGGAUGUAUCCAUUCGAGAGGUAUUUGGGCAAGUUUAAGCGGUACGUGAAAAACAAAGCCCGACCAGAAGGAUCCAUUGCUGAGGCUUAUAUUCAUGUUGAAUGCUUGACGUUCGCAUCAAUGUAUCUACAUGAUGUACCAACUCGCUUCACUCGAGAGGAUCGAAACAUUGAUGUUGGUGUCCAAACAUCCGAGAUAUCAGCCUUUGGGAUUUUUGAUCAAAAAGUCCGCCCACUUGGUAUCGCAACACCUAUCCAGUUGGAUAAGAAACUAUUUAAAACUGCCCGAUGGUAUGCCCUCAACAACUGCACCGAGAUUGAACAGUUCUUGGAGGAGCACUACAACAUCUUGAAGGAGCAGAGCUUAUAUAACAUUGAAAGGCGGCAUGAAGCUGAAUUUCCAUCGUGGUUCAGGAAACGUAUUCAAGCGCUACGUGGUAGGGAUCCCCACAUAGUAUCUGACGAUCUUUAUGCAAUAGCUUGUGGGCCUGACCCUUGGGUGGGUUCAUAUUCUGGGUGUAUAAUGAAUGGUAUACGAUUUCAUACACAACUCCGGGAAUUGAGACGUAGGACACAAAAUAGUGGUGUUCUAGUUACAAGUGAGCACCAAUCAAGUAUGGUUGAUUUCUAUGGUGUUCUGAAUGACAUAUUGGAGGUGAGGUACAUGGGUUGGCGGCGUGUGUGGUUAUUUAGUUGCGAUUGGUUUGAUGUUGGCGAUCCAAUUCGAGGGAUCAGGGUUGGUGAGCAUUUCACAAGUGUCAAUCAUAGUAGAACUUGGUAUAAGGAUGAGCCAUUCAUAUUGGCAUGCCAAGCUUCACAAGUAUUUUACCUCAAAGACACGAGAUUUUCUGGUUCUUGGCACAUUGUGCAAAAGAUCACAUAUAGGAAUGUCUAUGACGUUCCACAAUUGGAUCGCCAUGAUGAUGUAGAUGAACCUAGCGAGUCCAAUGUCUUCCAAGAAGAACAAACUCCAGAAGAAGCAGUAGAUGUGGACACCGAGCAUAAUGUCGACAACCCCCAAUGGGUAAGGCCAGAUGUUCAGUCAGCCACGAUAGCCACUACCGCAUUGGCUGGGGGAAGUACUCACAAUGUCAACAACCUGGGUAAUAUCGACGACAUUUCAGAUGAGGAAGAAUUCAAUUCUAGCGAUACCAUGUCUAAUGGAUCAUGUGAGGAGGAAGACCUUGAUGACACCGAUGCGGAGUCUAAUGUUGAAGGCUCUCCGAGUAAUGACACUGAUCGAGGAUGGGAUUCAAGCUAAGAUUCACAAGUUUGUUGGUGGUGUGAUUGGUGAUCGAGUUCAAGGAUGAUGGCAGUAGAUGGAUAAACGAAGAGGAGUUGGAGGACAAAGUCAUGCCGACAAUAUCUUGGGGAGUACCAUGAAGCAGCUAGAGAGCAAGUUGUUUUAAUUACUACAAUCCCCCAAACUUCUUCAGUACAUGCUGCAUAGCCCCUUACCUUAUUGCCCUCAAAGUUAAAUACUGAUAUAUAUACAUAUAUAUAUCAGUAUUUAUCAAGAAUUGGCUAGUGGUUUGUGAUAAAUAUUUCAACGAUCCUGUUGUUUAGUAUUUUGAAAUUAUUCAGCCAGAUAUGUGGUGUAAACCCUGGAGGCAUGUUUGCAUCGAAGUGGGGCCAUGAAAUCUGAACGAAGGGGUUAAACAUGUAUGCUUGUUUAUUGUGUGGAAAUGGUGCUGAUCAGUUAUUCGGUAUUAGAUAAUGGAACCCUUCUUUUUUGGAUAUGAA